AUGCAGCGACGCAAGGCAGACAAGCCCUCGUCCGACGCCAGCGCGGCCAAGGCGGCACGGCGCGAAGAGGUCCAGUGCGCCCACUGCGAGGAGAAGCCCGGCACACUGACGUACAAGAGCUACCUCGACGGCAAGGUAGAGGUCUGCAACGAAUGCCACGACUUUCUGACGAAGCCCUACAGCCGCGUCGUUCGCUUCGAUCCCGCGUCGACGACGCAGGUCUGCUACGGCGUACCCGCCGACCCGGACCAGGACAUCGGCCUCGCCAUUGCACGCGGAGAGACGGUCCUCAUCGAUACGCUCAGCGGUCCCUCGCUCUUUGAGCUCGGAGACCGCUUCGGAGGUCAUAGGGAGUCUGCGGACGUCAUCCUCAGCCCGCUCGACGAGGACGAGAUCGGUGCUAUCCGGUGCAUCGGCCUCAAUUACAAGAACCACGCCGAGGAGUGCAACCUCCCCAUCCCCACGGUUCCCACCCUCUUCCUCAAGGGAGAGAAUGCGCUGGCCAGCCCGUAUCCGGCUGAGACGACCGUCGUGCCCAAGGCGUUUGUCAAGGACGACGCGGCCGACUACGAGUCCGAGAUCGCCAUCAUCAUCGGCAAGCACUGCAAGGACGUGAGCGAGGAAGAAGCGAUGGAUUACGUCUUUGGCAUCACUGCGGCCAACGACAUUUCGUCGCGCAAGGCGCAGUUCGCGCAGUCGCAGUGGUGCUUCUCCAAGUCCUUCGACGGCGCUUGUCCGGUGGGGCCGUGCGUUGUGCUGCGUUCGGCCAUCGACGACUGGGCCAAGGUCAAGGUGACGGGCACGCACAACGGCAAGGUCGUGCAGGAGAGCACGCUCGACGACCUGAUCUUUUCGAUUCCCAAGAUUGUCUCGGUCCUGUCGCAGGGCACGACGCUGCGACCGGGUACAUUGAUCCUGACCGGGACUCCCGCUGGCGUUGGCUGGAUGCAGGAGCCCAAGAACACGCUUCAGGACGGCGACGAGUUCCACGUCUCGGUCUCGCAUGGCGUCGGCACCCUCGUGAGCAAGAUUGAGUUUGAGAAGUAA